AUGAAGAGUUUAAGGCUAUCUAACUAUUGUUCCUUUAAAAAUAUUCUUGAUAAAAAGAAUAAUACGAACUUAAUUUAUUCUACAAAGAGUUUUUACGACGAAUAUAAUGAUGAAAAUGUAAAAACAGGUUCUUUUUUUUAUGCGCAUAAAUUUAGACGUUAUAUGUUACCUAUUUUGGGUAUACUGUACAUAAUAAUAUUGAAUUUAUUAAAUACUAAAGGAAUAUUGUCCAAUGAUAUACAAUGCAGUUAUACAUUUUCAAGGAAUUUGAGUGAGAAAGUAAUAGCAAAUGAUAAAUUUUUUAAAAAAUUAAAUAAACGAAAACUAAAAGUGUUAACUAAGAAUUAUGAAGAGAGUAUAAAAAAUUCAUUAAAAAAGAAAUUGGAUACUCAAAAAAAUGAUGUAUUCAAUAAGUAUCCAAAUAUAUUUAAGGAUUUAUUGAAAAGUAACAUAUGGAAACAAUAUGAAUUAACUCCAUAUAUAUUAACUCAAAAUGGAAUAUAUUUAAAUAAAUAUGAUCCUGAAAUAAAUAAGAAGAUUAUUUUAUUAAAUGAGGAAAAGGGGAAAAUGCGUAAAUUGGAUUAUAUUUUUUCGCUUGCAAUAAAUAACGAGAGGCUUAAAUUUAAUUUUUUAAGUGAAUAUUUUAGUGACGUUUAUUCUGAUUUAAGAAACAAAUACAAAUCACCUCUACAUUAUGCAAAGAAAACAUUUGAAGAACUAAAUAAAUUUGUUUAUAUAGGAAACAAAUAUGUUGGAAACAUAUGUAAUAAUGCUUUUAAAAAAUGGUUUAAAAAAAAUGAUCAUUUAAAUAUCAGAGAAUUUAACAUACUUCUUAUGGCAUGUAGGUUAUUAUGGAGAAAAACCUUAACAAAAAUAAAAGAAGAAGGCAAAGAGUGUCUUACUAAACCUUUUAAAGCUUUAGAUCUCGAAAGGAUAAGAUAUAAGGCCAAAGGUGGUAAUCAUUUGUUAUUUAAUGCUAAUGAAUUUUAUGAAAAGAACCCACUUUUAGUCACUUACAAAGACGCCAAUUUCCUUAAUUCUUUAAAAAAUCUAAAAAUUGAUUUAGAUGAAAACUCUCGUGAUGAAGAAGAGGAAGCAAAGAAACUAAAAGAAAGAGAUCAACAGUUAAUAAAAGAAAACCAAAAGGAAAUCCAGGGAAAUGCAGAUGCAGAUGCAAAUGCAAAUGCAACUACAGCUACAGCUACAGCUGCAAGUGCAACUGCAAAUAAUGACAAUGAAGAUUCUGAAAAUUAUGAUGAUUAUGAAGAUUAUGAUGAUUAUGAUGAUUAUGAAGAUUAUGAUGAUUAUGAAGAUAAUGAUGGUUAUGAAAAUCACGAUGGUAAUUAUAAUAAUGAUGGUUAUUAUAAUAAUGAUGGUUAUUAUAAUAAUGAUGGUUAUUAUAAUCAUGAUGGUUAUUAUAAUCAUGAUGGUUAUUAUAAUCAUGAUGGUUAUUAUAAUCAUGAUGGUUAUUAUAAUUAUGGUGGUUAUGAUAAUUAUGAAGGUUCAUAUCCAACACAACAGGGGAUAUAUAAUUCUUAUUAUGUAUAUGAAGAGCCAUUUACAUUAACCCGGGAAAUGCUGGAACACAUUGAAAAAACAGUUGAAGAAAAAGUAGAAAGAGAAGUUGAAAAGAGAGCUGUAGAAUCAGUUGAAGAGAGAAUGAGAAAAACGUUUGUAGAUGAAAUAAAAGAUAGAAGAUUAAAAAAAGUACGAUUUAAUAUAUAA